AUGGCUAUCCAGAACCAGGACGUAGAACGAUUCUUAGCUGAUGAACGUUUUAGCCGAGUCUUCACGUUUCCUGCGGAUCCAGCUGAGGGACGCCCUAAUGCUCUUCCCAUUUCUUACGCAGAUUUUGGGUAUCACAAUGUAGAGAGUUCCUCGGCGAAAGAAGAAAAAGUGUUUCUCUUUUUUGGACCCCUUCUUGGGUCUCGAAUGCUUCUUAUAGCCAAAGACGCUCUAGCCAAAGACUAUGGGGUCCGCGUUAUUUGCGCAGAUCGACCGGGCUUUGGCGACACGCCUGAUGUAGAAGCAGAGGGGAGGUUAGCUUUCUGGCGCAAUGCUAUUUUCGCUUUGUUACAGCACCUACAAAUUCGCCACGUACAUGUAGGCGCGCAAAGUGCUGGUACAAUCUACGCCCUGGACUUCAUAUUCCAUUAUCCUGAAUUGUUGUACCCGGAUAAUGCCUAUCUCGCUAUUGGUGCUCCAUGGAUUCACCCUUCACACUCCCGGAUCUGGCAUAUGUCAAUAACGCAUGCCCUCCCCAAGCCCCUGCUAGGACAAGUAGAUAAGCUUGCUUCCUUGUUCUCUGUCGUCUCCGCUCCCAUACUGGAUACCAGCUUUGGGCUCACAUCUGCCUUUGGGCGGUGGUUCACGACUCAGCCAGCUGAAGAUGUCGCUGCUGCUACUCCUGCCAAUCCUGCAGUAGCCUUUGCAGAGGCUUUAGAUCCAAAGCUGGCCGACUUUAUCUAUGCUAGGCCUAUUCACGGUAUGUCAAAUGAGUCGAUUCUUCUCAUGAAGAAGACGCAGGGUGGAUCUGAAUCUGGAUGGGCGGACUGGGGAGAUUGUGACACCUUAGUGCCUCGUCUCAGGCGCACUCUAGCUGAGAAGAAUCGACGCUUGAUUGUGGAGUGCUUCUUCAGCCAGACGGACUCCAUGAUUGGGAACCCUGGCACGGUCGGUCCGGAAUGGUUUAAAGGCUGUUGGACCCGAGACGGCAGUGAAUACGACGAUGCCAUCCAGUUCUCCUGCAGGGUCAUCAACGGGGCAGAUCAUAACUCCAUUUGGGCGACGCAGUGGAAUGUCACCCGCGACGUAUUUGAUCAUAUCCGGGGAACCCAGUCCAAGGAACCGAAUCUUGGUGUCUAG